CUUGGGCUCAAAUCCCAUCCUGUGCAGAACUAAUGCCUCCUUGGAAGAGUGAUGACAGCAGCUGAGAGCCUCCUAGAAACCCUCCUGCCGUUUCUAACUUGUUCUGUUUCCUUUAUCACUUCAGCACACCCUUCCCCUUUGAGAUUUCUACUUUUGCUUCCUGUCCUUUGGCAGGAAGGAUGUUUAGCAACUUCUACUCACAUGCCUGUAGGGCAGCUACACCGAGGGGACCUCGCGUUUGAAACGAAGGCUGGGAGAGUGUGGGCACGGGGCUGCGAGCAGGGUGUUGCAAGAGGUCUGUCUUAGACGCCUCCCCAGGGAACAUCGGCCCACAAACUUCAAGCUCAGGAUUAAACAGACGGAGGAGGGGAAGGAACCAUGUUCCAGGCCACAGGACCCGCCAGCCCACCCCCAACUCAUGAGGCAAAGAACAACUCAGGAGGCAGCACGGUGCAGCGCUCCAAGUCCUUCAGCCUGAAGGCACAAGUGAAGGAGAUGUGCACUGCCUGCCAGAAAACCGUCUAUCCCAUGGAACGGCUGGUGGCGGAUAAAUUCGUCUUCCACAACGCCUGCUUCUGCUGCAAGCACUGCCACACCAAGCUCAGCCUGGGCAGCUAUGCGGCACUCCAUGGGGAAUUCUACUGCAAGCCCCACUUCCAGCAGCUCUUCAAGAGUAAAGGCAACUACGACGAGGGCUUUGGGCGCAAGCAGCACAAGGAGCUGUGGGUGCACAAGGAGGUGGAGAGCGGGACCAAGUCGGCGUGAGUGGGACCAGCCCACCCUUCCCUGGAGCCCAGCAGAGACGGCACGGAGCAGUGCUGAGCCAGGGGCUAACUGAGCUGAUGUAAAGCAAAGGGGACCCAAGGGCCUGUGGGCAGAAAGGGAAGGGAGGCAGCCCAGUCCUCUUUGGACGAUGUUUAGAGGGGUCCUACGGGCCAUAAGGACAGGGCAGAGGUGACCGGGGUAUAGCCCCCAGACCUGAAGCCCUCUCUCUGCCGGCCCCUCUUACUGAUGAGGUCAGACCAGAAGCACUUGCCCCCAUGGGAACCCCAGCCCCGGUCAUACGUUUCAGGCCUGCCACCAUGGAAAAGGAGAUGAUCUGGAUCUUAUAACCCAGCCUAUAAGUCACAGCAGAGCUCCCAGCUCCUGCCACACCAAUCCUGCCUUGCUGGGACUCUGAAUAAAGAGGGUCCUUGGUUUACAUCAGCUCAGUUCAGCUGGGAUUGUUCAGCCUUAAGGAUGUUGCCCUACGACUGUUUAACAGUGUUUGUCUUUUUUAUAUUUGCCUUUGAUUGGUACGUUCUGCGCUGGAGCCUGGCACGGCAGCUUCAUGCGUGACACUGCGCCAUGCGCUCUUUUAUUUUUGUAAUACAAGGUUUCCGAGCCUUC